AUGGCAGAAGGCCGGCCUCACACAAACUCACAAGAGUCGUCACAACCUAGAAGGAGGCAGUACAGUACACAUGGCUCCCUCCGUGAUGUCCACAUGGCGUCGUCGGCCACCGACGCCGCUCCGUUCCAGGGGCUCAAGUCCACCGCCGGACUCCCCGUCGCCCGCCGCUCCACCAACGGCUUCGGCGACGUCAGCAACGGCGAAAGGAUCAGGUGCAUGCAGUACUAUCCGUUGCUCAUGCUGUCAUGCAACACAACAAUGCAACGACACGUGUGGCCGAUCGAGGGCAUCAAGAGGUUCGAGACGCUGUCGUACCUGCCGCCAUUGUCGACGGAGCAGCUGCUGAAGCAGAUCGACUACCUGCUGCGCUCCAACUGGGUGCCCUGCCUCGAGUUCAGCAAGCACAACCCACUCAAGCGAUUCCAAAAGGUGGUUCUAGCUACCUAG